GGUGGUUACAAUCAUCUGCCAGGCUUCACCCGUGGAUAACUCGUUCCUGAAGGCGAUCCAUUAAAUAAAUACCAGAAAGUCUUCAUCCCAUCUUUCCCCAGCUUCCAUCCGACCCGACACUUCUACCCAUGGCCGCAGCUUCAGAAAACCCCCCACCUUUCGCCCCACACGUCGUUGAGCUCGAGUCCAUCGAAGAUGGCAAGAUCACCAACGUUGCAGUGUACUCUGGACGCGCUGAAGUUACACGCCUCUUCCGCUUCGCCGUGAAAGAGGGCCAGAACCAGAUUCAUAUCUCAGGUCUUCCCAAUGUCAUGGACCAGGAUUCGCUACGGGUCGAAGGUCGAGGGGCAGGAACCAUUCAGGAAGUCUCAGUCGCGUACAUCGAAUCUACAACCAAGCCGACGACGUCUCCUAAGCUGAAGGAGCUGCUGCGAGAGAAGGAGAUUCUCGAACAGGAUUCCUACCGCGCAACACAAACCCUCAAGGCCUUGGAAGCGUAUAUCAAGACCCUCGUAUCCAGCUCCACACCUUCGUCCAAGCUCAAAGAGGUCCUUGCCGAUUACAAUGCCAAUACCAAGGAGGUCCAAAUCGAGGCAAUGUCCAUCAACGACAAGAUCGAAGCCGUGGAGGAAGCGCUGAAGGGCGAGAGAGCGAAGCUGGAAGGCAAGAAGCGGGACGCGAAGCUGAAUAUGAAGGCUUCAGUCGGUAUUUUCGUUGAGAAGGCCGGGGACGUGGAGAUUGCUUUGGUAUACGCUGUCAUGGACGCAAGCUGGCAAGCCAAAUACGACAUCCGGGUUGAUACUCAGACUAAGGAGAAGACGGUUGCCCUCGUUUACAAAGGCUCUAUCACGCAGAACACGGGAGAGGAUUGGUCCGAUGUUACGCUGGUCCUCGAGACGGCUACACCGACAUUUGACAAGAGUGUUCCUCAGCUCUGGCCAUGGACCAUCUCUGUCGACAGAGGACUCCCGCCUCCCCAACCCGUCAUGCUCAAGUCAUCAUCCUUUGCCAGGACCCUCGCCUUUUCACCUCCUCCCCCUGGCGCCAUGGCCAUGGCCGCUGCGCCGCUUCCAGAGAUGGACGUUCGCAGAGCAGAGGUAUCUUCGAACAGCGGAAGCGUUUCUGCUACCUUCACUGUCCCUGGCAAGAUGACCAUCCCCAGCGACAAUGCCUCUCACAGUGUUACAAUCACCCAACUCAACUUGGAAGCGAAGAUGACUUGGGUAUCCGUGCCCAAGAAGGAUACCAAGGUUCAUUUGAGUGCCAAAAUCAAGAACUCAUCUGAGUUCCUCUUGUUGGACGGGCCUGCCAGUGUCUACGUCGAUGGAAGCUUCAUUUCGCGCUCGUUCGUUCCCUCCGUCAGCCCUGACGAAAGCUUCGACUGUCCUCUUGGUCUCGACCCCGCCAUCAAGGUUACCUACCACCCUCAGACCAAGAAGGUCUCCAAGUCCGGUCUCAUCAACAAGUCCGAUGUCUACCUCUUCACUCAGCGAAUCACGGUCCACAACACCAAGAACAUCGACGUCGAAACCGUCAAGGUCAUCGACCAAAUCCACGUCUCGGAAGACGCUACUAUCGCCGUCAAACUCAUCAGCCCUGCCCUACAGCUCCCUUCCGUCGAGAAUGGCAGUGUUAAGAGUGGUAAGGGUAACAGGGCUAGUAUUACGGAAAGUGGUUCUGGCACAGUUCGGAUCCCUGCCCCUGUCAAGGUCGCUUCGGGCGUUACCGCCAAAUGGGACGACGGUGGUGAAGACGAGGAGUCUGUUGACGCAGCCUCACUGGGCAAGGACGGCAAGUUGAACUUCAUUUGCUCGCUACCACCACAGGGCAAGACGAACUUGACGCUACAAUGGGAGGUGUCUGCGCCUGUCAAGACCAAGAUUUCCGGACUCUAG